CCACGGGCAGUGCUGGUGGCCCGAGGUGGCCACAAGGGACAUCGCGGGGAGCCCCGUGUCCCACCAUGAGACGGGCAGCAGGGCUCAGCCCGGAGGUGAGGAGGGGGAGCAGCCGCCAGCUGCACCCACGGGACCCCCACCACCCCCACCCACGGGACCCCCGUCACCCCCGAGCUGCAGGGAGCCGCUGGCUGAGCCCCCCCAACCCCCCAGAACGCUGCUGGGCUCCCCCAGCCCCAGCCAGACGAGUUGUCUUCGCGGAUGAGGUGAUGCCACCAGGGAGACCCCCGGGGAGGAGGAGCCCCCCGGCCGCAGCACGGGGGGGCGGGUCCGUCCCCCCCAGUCUGUCCCCCCAGCCACGCGCUGUCCCAGACUACGUGGUGAGGUACCCAGCGAUCCGCAGCCCCCGGCAGCGGGAGGGCUACAAGGGGGUCUUCCAGGACCAGCUGGGCGAGUACACGGAGCUGCUCCAGGAGCUCCGCGCCGCCUGGCAAAGGCUGAGGGGGACGGAGGUGACAAUGGGCCGGUGGCCCCCUCCCCACCCCACCGGCAGGAGGGCUGAACCGCCGGGGGUCCGGGAUGGGUCUCACUCUGCCCCACAGGACGGGGACAGGGUGACCCACGCCUGGCACCAGCACGGGAGGAAGACGAAGGAUUGGGCCUUGCUGGGGAAGCAGCAGCGGUGCCAGUACCUGCAGCAGAAGCUGACGCACAUCAAGGCGCGGAUCCAGGAAUUCGAGCGUGGGGACAGCGGCUGCUCCUGAGCCCGGGCCCGGGCCAGCACCCACCCCCUGGGUGGGGGUCCCCAGGGGCUGGGUGCUGGGGAGGGGGUGAAGAUGCUGCGGGGAUGCACCCAGUGCCCACCCAACCCUUGUAACCCCCCGGCCCAGGCAGCAACCCCCCCCCUCCCCUCCCCAGGCUGCUGGGGUUGGGGUCUUCUGGGUGCUCCGUGCCCUGGGGAGGGACCCUCAUAGCUCUGCCCCCCCAGCCGGCAGGGUGCUGGUUGGGUGCUGCUUGUCCUUGUGUGCUUCACCCCGUGUGAACUGGGGUGAACCCCCCCCCCCCGGGGCACCGCAGUAAUGCCCAGAACUGGAUUUUAAUACAGCACGGUG